CCGAUUUUUAACCUCAAAAUUUUAGGAAAAAAAUAAAGUUUAAAAAAAUGGAGAAUGAUCAACAUGUUUUAGUAGAUUUAUAUGUACCAAGAAAAUGUUCUGCUACAAAUCGUUUAAUAUGUGCUAAAGAUCAUGCUUCUGUGCAGAUUAAUAUCUGCAGUGUAGAUUCAGAUGGUCGUCAGAUCCCUGGAAAAUGUACUACAUAUGCUCUUUGUGGUUUUGUCCGUACAAAAGGUGAAAGUGAUGAUUCUAUUAAUCGAUUGGCUACACGAGAUGGAUUAUUAAAAAAUGUUUGGUCAUAUCAGAGAUGAAUUUUUUGAUUAUAAAAAUGUUUU